AUGUUUCACACCACUUGGAAGCCGGUGUUCGCUGCUCUCUCGGAUCGAGACCUACUCUUGUACGACACUGCUCCAACCACGAAAGAGGAGUGGGCUAACCCGUCUCAGGCGCAUCCGUUGAUAGCAACACGGUUGGUGCAGUCAAAUCCCCGACCCCCUGGUCUAGGAGAGCCUCAUCCGCAGCCCCCUGGAAACAUGGUCACAUUUUCCACCAGAACAGGUAGCAAACACGGUGUUGAAUCGCAUACUUUCGCAGUAUCAACUCCGGACGAUUUGAACUCUUGGUGCGCUGCCAUCGUGAUCGGCUCCCACGCGGCUGUAGCCGCAGCGAGAGAGGUUGUCGUUACGUGCCGAUGGCAACAACAGGACUGUCGUCUCACUCUAAAUCACGACAGUGGAGUGACGCUGUCUGCGCGGCAACCGUGCCUAGAGUACAGCAACGCAGUCACACCGGCAUCCUCGUUUACGCAUGUGUUGUGGCAUUUCCCUUACGAAAGACUCCGGUCCACUGUAGAUGACGGGCGUAGCAUUCUGUGGAUGGACUUCGGUAUCGAUAAUGAAUAUGAAUUGGAUAUGUUGGGCUGUCCAAAGCCGGUCGUGUUUAUUUUACACAACAUCCUUUCAGCCAAACUGAAACGAUGUGGUCUGAACCCAUAA